GCGAGAGAGAAUCUCUAGCAACAAGAGGGAGCUCCCAUCAACGCCACUCUAACUCAAUCAUCGGGGAAGACAACCUCUCAGCCAUCAGCGGGGCUAAACUUGAGGUGUCGACCUGCUUCAUAUUCAAACGACGGAGCUGCAAAUUUCGUCAUUUGGCCAGCCGGCUUGGCUCCUCUAUGAUUGUCUAAACAGUCACCGAACUGACCGCGCCGGUCAACACCCACCUCCAAAUCAUCCGCAGUAAUUCCAAGUCGUCACCAUGGCGGACCCCAAUAAUGUUUCGCAAUACAAGUAUUCGGCGAUGUCCAACCUGGUACUCCAGGCGGACCGUCGAUUCAUCACUCGCCGAACGGAUGAGGCUACCGGAGACCCUGAGUCGCUGGCGGGCCGCAUCAACAUCAAGGACAUGGGAGGGCGUGUCGCGCAUGAUGAUCUACCAAAGCAAAAGAAGAAGCCUAGCGGCUUAGACGUCGAAAGAGGUGAUAUUCGAGAAGGGCAAGAUGUUCUUGAGCGGGAACAAAAGAAGAGGAAACGAGGCGAGCCCGCGCAACUACGCGGCACCGGUAUCCUUUCCGCUGCCGAUGCUCUCGUCGAAGGUAUUCGGUAUCGACCAAGGACCCCCGCGACAAGAGCGAUUUUUGAUCUGAUUGUGACAACUGUUGCAAACAAUCUUGGCGAUGUCCCGCACGAAGUCGUUCGAAGCGCCGCAGACGCAGUCUUGGAAACUCUUAAGGAAGAGGAGAUGAAGGAUUUUGACAAGAAGAAGGACAUUGAUGAUCUACUUGGUACCACAAUGGGGUCGAAAGAAUUCAAUGAAUUGGUCAACCUCGGUAAAAAGAUCACAGACUACGACGCACAAGACGAGGAUGAAAAUGAUGAGGCCAUGGCCGCCGAAGGCGAGGGCGGUGCUGCCCUCGAUGAACGGCAAGGUGUUGCCGUUGUCUUUGACGAGUCAGACGAAGACGAGGAGGGCGGAGGCAGAACAUUCGAGGUCAGAGACGAAGAUUCAUCGGAUGAGGAGCCCGCAGAUGAAGAGGCUGCCGAGCAGCCUGACGGCGAAGCAGCUGCCGAAGAUGGCGAACAACCUGUGGAUACUGAGGCAAUGAUUAUCGAUUCAUCUGCUGCAGCAGAUGAAGGCAAGAAGAAGGAUAAGAACAUUGUCCCCGCCCAUGAGAUUGAUGCCUACUGGCUGCAACGUCAGAUUGGUCAAAUUUAUACGGACGCACAUAUCCAACAGAGAAAGACCCAGGAUGCUUUGCAGAUAAUGUCUGCACCUUCAGAAGAUGGCGAGGAGAAGCCUUUGCGCGAGGUUGAAAACGAACUCAUGGACCUAUUCGAUUAUGAGCACCACGAGCUUGUUGGCAAGCUCGUUGCGAAUAGAGAUAAGGUCGUGUGGGUGACAAGGUGGCGACUUGCCGCAGAGGACGGUGAAGCGAGAGCUGCAGUAGAGCGUGAAAUGGUCACUGAGGGCCAUCGCGCCAUCCUGGACGAGCUUAUUUCGAGAGGAGAGGCUGGAACCGACGCCGCCGGACCAAAGGCUAAGAAGCUCAAGGUAGACCUUAUGGAUAUCGAUGUUCCUGGGACUGCAAAGGAAGGCGAAGCCAAGGCCGAUGGCGCUAGGGAUGGCGCUCUUGUCGGCGGCCUUCAGCCUCGCCGUCUGAUCAACCUUGAAAAUCUUGUUUUUGAACAAGGAAACCAUCUCAUGACUAACCCCAACGUAAAGCUGCCACAAGGCUCAACGAAGCGGACCUUUAAAGGUUAUGAAGAAAUUCAUGUCCCGGCUCCAAAAGCAAAGAGGGAUGCUGGUGAGCGGAAUAUGCCGACCAGCGAGAUGCCAGACUGGGCUCGUCAAGGAUUUGGUACAUCCAAGGAACUUAAUCGGAUUCAGACGAAAUGCUACCCAACGGCAUUCAACGAUGAUGGCAACAUGCUUGUCUGCGCUCCUACAGGAUCCGGAAAGACCAACGUUGCCAUGCUCACUAUUCUUCGUGAAAUCGGCAAGAACCGGAACCCCGAGACAGGAGAGAUCAAUCUUGACGAUUUCAAGAUAGUCUACAUUGCUCCGCUUAAGGCUUUGGUGCAGGAACAAGUGGGAAACUUCGGAAAGCGCUUGGAGCCAUUUGGAAUUAGAGUAUCGGAGCUGACUGGUGACCGCCAGUUGACAAAGCAGCAAAUCGCAGACACCCAGAUCAUCGUCACCACUCCAGAGAAGUGGGAUGUUAUCACUCGCAAGGCUACCGACAUGAGCUAUACCAACCUCGUUCGACUAAUCAUCAUCGACGAGAUUCAUUUGCUACACGAUGACCGUGGCCCGGUCCUGGAAAGUAUUGUCAGCAGAACGAUACGCAAAACCGAGCAGACGGGCGAUCCCGUUCGGAUUGUCGGUCUCAGUGCUACAUUGCCAAACUAUCGCGAUGUUGCAAGUUUCUUGCGGGUCGACCCAAUCAAGGGAGUUUUUCAUUUCGAUGGAUCUUUCAGGCCCUGCCCCCUCCGUCAGGAGUUUAUUGGAGUCACCGACAAGAAAGCGAUCAAGCAGCUCAAGACCAUGAAUGACGUCUGUUAUACGAAAGUCAUGGAGCAGGUUGGUCAAAAUAAAAAUCAAAUGCUCAUUUUCGUACACUCGAGAAAAGAAACCGCCAAGACAGCAAAGUACAUUAGAGACAAAGCCCUUGAGAUGGAGACAAUUGGGCAAAUUCUCAGAAGCGAUGCUGCCAGUAGGGAAGUCUUGACGGAAGAAGCCGACGGUGUGACUGAUCGCGAUCUUAAAGACUUGAUGCCCUACGGCUUCGGCAUUCACCAUGCCGGUAUGAGUCGAGCAGAUCGUACAUCGGUGGAAGACCUGUUUGCGGACGGGAUGCUCCAGGUCCUCGUUUGCACUGCUACUCUUGCUUGGGGUGUCAACCUUCCAGCCCAUACCGUCAUUAUCAAGGGCACACAAGUCUACUCUCCUGAAAAGGGUAGCUGGGUUGAGUUGAGCCCUCAGGAUGUCCUGCAGAUGUUGGGUCGUGCUGGACGCCCGCAAUAUGAUACGUUUGGUGAGGGUAUCAUCAUCACGACUCAGAGCGAGCUGCAGUACUACUUGUCCUUGAUGAACCAGCAACUGCCAAUUGAAAGUCAGUUUGCUGCCAAGCUUGCUGAUAAUCUCAAUGCUGAGAUCGUCUUGGGCAACAUUAGGACAAGAGACGAAGGUGUCGAAUGGCUUGGUUACACUUACCUGUUUGUUCGGAUGCUUCGAUCCCCUGGACUGUACAGCGUUGGUGCUGAAUACGAAGACGACGAUGCCCUGGAACAAAAGCGUGUUGACCUCAUCCAUUCGGCCGCAACUGUACUUGAGAGAUGCAACCUUGUAAAAUACGACAAGAAGUCUGGAAAGCUCCAAACCACUGAGCUUGGUCGGAUUGCCUCUCACUACUACAUCAGUCAUACCUCGAUGAUGACUUAUAACCAGCACAUUCAACCUUCUGUCACGCCGAUUGAACUCUUCCGUAUCUUUGCUCUUAGUGAAGAGUUCAAGUAUAUUCCGGUUCGACAGGACGAGAAGCUUGAGCUUGCCAAGCUGCUCGGACGUGUCCCAGUCCCUGUGAAGGAAGGUCUGGAAGAACCCCAGGCCAAGAUCAACGUACUGUUGCAAGCGUACAUCUCCCGCCUCAAGCUCGAGGGUCUUGCUUUGAUGGCGGAUCUUGUCUAUGUCACACAGUCUGCCGGCCGUAUCCUCCGUGCCAUCUUUGAGAUAUGCUUGAAGAAAGGUUGGGCUUCUGUUGCCAAGACCGCACUCGAGCUCUGCAAGACGGCCGAAAAGCGCAUGUGGCCUACUAUGACGCCCUUGCGACAAUUUCACUCUUGUCCAAGAGACAUUAUCCAGAAAGCUGAGAGAAUUGAUGUUCCUUGGUCGAGCUACUUUGAUCUCGACCCUCCACGGAUGGGCGAGUUGCUCGGCAUGCCAAGAGCAGGCAAGAUUGUGUGUGGUCUUGUGCAAAAGUUUCCUCGUCUAGAAGUUCAGGCGCAGGUUCAACCAAUGACUCGGUCAAUGCUGAGAGUUGAGCUGACAAUUUCGCCCAACUUUGAAUGGGACGACGAGAUACACGGUGCAGCAGAGAGCUUUUGGAUCAUUGUGGAGGACUGCGACGGUGAAGACGUUCUGUUCCAUGACCAGUUCGUUUUGCGUCGUAAUUACGCCCUUUCCGAGAUGAACGAGCAUAUUGUCGAGUUCACCGUCCCUAUCACUGAGCCGAUGCCUCCGAACUAUUUCAUCUCGCUGGUCUCGGAUCGAUGGAUGCAUGCAGAGACCAAGUUGGCCGUGUCGUUCCAGAAGCUGGUACUCCCAGAAAAGUUCCCUCCCCAUACGCCACUACUGGAUCUCCAGCCGCUUCCUGUUUCUGCAUUGAAGAGGAAGGAGGCCGAGGAUCUCUAUCCGGAUUGGGAUCGAUUCAACAAAAUCCAGACUCAGGUGUUUAACUCACUUUACGCGACUGACGAUAAUGUCUUCCUUGGCUCGCCAACUGGAAGCGGCAAGACUGUGUGCGCCGAAUUUGCGCUUCUCAGACACUGGUCGAAGCGAGAUGUUGGACGGGCUGUCUAUAUUGCUCCUUUCCAAGAACUAGUGGAUCUGCGCCAUGCCGAUUGGCAAAAGAGACUCAGCAAUAUUGGUGGUGGUAAGGAGAUUGUCAAGCUCACUGGCGAGACCACUGCCGAUUUGAAGUUGCUCGAGAGAGGAGAUUUGAUCCUUGCUACUCCGACCCAAUGGGAUGUCCUCUCGCGGCAAUGGCAGAGGAGGAAGAACAUUCAGACCGUCCAGCUGUUCAUUGCCGACGAACUCCACAUGGUUGGAGGACAAGGCGGAUACGUCUAUGAAGUUGUGGUUUCUCGUAUGCACUACAUUGCUCUGCAGACCGAAAACGACAUGAGAAUUGUUGGUCUGAGUGUUUCUCUCUCGAAUGCACGAGACAUUGGCGAAUGGAUCGGAGCUACGAAGCAUACCAUUUACAACUUCAGUCCUCACACUCGUCCGGUUCCAUUAGAGCUUCAUUUGCAGUCAUUUACCAUUCCUCACUUCCCAUCGCUCAUGCUCGCCAUGGCCAAACCCACAUAUCAUUCGAUUCUCCAACUGUCACCAAACAAACCUGCCCUUGUUUUUGUACCGACCCGAAAGCAAGCGCGCGCGACAGCUUUGGACAUUCUUUCUGCAUGCAUUGCAGACGAGGAUGAGGACAGAUUUCUACAUGCUAGCAUUGAGGAGAUUGCCCCGCUGCUUAACCGCGUCAACGAAAAGGCACUGGCAGAGUCAAUCUCGCACGGCAUUGGCUAUUUCCACGAAGCGCUGAGCUCAAGCGAUAAGCGAAUCGUCAAGCAUCUUUUCGACGUUGGUGCCAUUCAGGUCAUGCUGGCCUCGCGCGACGUCUGCUGGGAGCUUGACUGUACGGCUCAUUUGGUCGUGGUCAUGGGAACCCAAUUCUUCGAAGGCAGAGAACAUCGCUACAUUGACUAUCCCAUCAGCGAGAUCCUUCAAAUGUUUGGAAAAGCAAGCCGACCCCAGGAAGACAAGGUCAGCAGAGGUGUGCUCAUGGUCCCGGCCGUCAAGCGAGAAUACUAUAAGAAAUUCCUGAAUGAGGCUCUGCCCAUCGAAAGUCAUCUUCAAGUCUACCUUCACGAUGCCUUUGUGUCUGAAAUCAGCACCAAGACCAUCGCUUCGACGCAGGACGCUGUGGACUGGUCGACUUACACGUACUUUUAUAGGCGUCUGUUGGCUAACCCGAGCUACUAUGGUCUUACAGACAUUUCUCACGAGGGUCUCAGCACACAUCUUUCGGAGCUGGUCGAAACGACUUUGAAGGAUCUCACCGAGGCGAAGAUUAUUGAUCUCGACGAGGAAGACGAUACCGUGACACCUCUGAACGCUGCCAUGAUUGCUGCCUACUACAACAUUUCAUUCAUCACCAUGCAGACGUUCCUUCUCUCUCUUACCGGCCGCACUAAGCUCAAGGGUAUUCUUGAAAUUGUCACCUCAGCAACUGAAUUCGAGUCGAUUCAGAUCCGGCGUCACGAGGAUCACAUCCUGCGUCGCAUCUAUGACCGCAUUCCCGUCAAGAUGGCCGAGGUGAACUACGAGUCGCCGCACUUCAAGGCAUUUGUGCUUCUCCAGGCGCACUUUUCGAGAAUGCAGCUGCCCGUGGAUCUCGCCAAGGACCAGGAAACCAUCCUGACCAAGAUUCUCAAUCUCCUGAGCGCAUCAGUUGAUGUCCUGUCUUCAGAGGGCCACCUCAAUGCCAUGAGUGCCAUGGAGAUGUCUCAAAUGGUUGUGCAAGCCAUGUGGGAUCGCGACAGCCCAUUGAAGCAAAUUCCUCACUUCUCGCCCGACAUUGUUAAAGUUGCGAAUGAGUUUGGAAUCAACGACAUCUUCGAGUUCAUGGAAGCCAUGGAUCCCUCGGAGAACAAGGAUUACGAUCAGCUCAUUAAGCGUCUCGGGCUUGACAAUAAACAACUGGCCCAGGCAGCCAAUUUCACCAACGACAAGUACCCGAACAUCGACCUCGAGUUUGAAGUCCUCGACCCGGAGAACAUUGUUGCCGGCUCUCCUUCGUACCUCAAGAUUAACAUUGAGCGUGAAGUGGAAGAGGAUGAGGAGCCGGACACGACUGUCCAUGCGCCUUUCUACCCGCAAACGAAGAUGGAGAAUUGGUGGCUCGUUGUGGGAGAUGAGUCAACCAAGAGCCUUUUGGCCAUCAAGCGAGUCACCAUUGCUAAGAAGCUCAGCAUGCGUCUGGAGUUUGUCGUGCCCAGCCCCGGCGAGCAUAACCUGGCCUUGUACUUGAUGAGCGACAGCUACGUAGGCGUCGAUCAGGAUCCGUCCUUCAAGGUCACUGCUGCUGAAGGCAUGGAUGAAGACGAGGAAGACGAAGAGGAGGAGGAAGACGAAGAGUAGAUUGAGAUGAAGUUCCUGAGUGGAGACAGAUGGGAAAAACUCUUGUGAAAUGAUAUCUGUAUCAUAUUUUUUCUUUUCUUCUCUUUUGCUCUUUUUGGCGGCGUUUUGUAUUAUGAAGCUGAUAAACACCAGUCGAUUUGGCGUCUUUUGUUCGUUUCACUCUUCAAGUCUUGUUUAGCCCAAUCAUGGAAAUGUAAAAGCAUAAUGUCGCGUAUAGAUACAAUGC